GUCUCGGCAAUGAUGCUCCUCUGAUUCUCCCCACCCGUGGCUGCGCCCAUCCGUCUACAAGUACCACCUGGCCGCGCGGUUGGUUCCAAUUUCCAGACGGCAGUCCACUGGUUUUUGCUUGCAUAUCCUUUGUUUAGGCCAGAGUUGAGUUGUGUUCCAACUUCCAAGUCUUGGGUUGCGGAAUCGCCGGCCUCGCUCAAUCGAUGGAAAACCAUAAUCCAUUACAUUCUCAGAUUGCUGAAGUGAAAAUGGACAUCUCAGCAUCAGCUUCUGUUGCAUCAGGGAACAAAUUCUGCAAGGGUGGUGCCUGUGAUUUCUCUGAUUCCAGUAACUCCUCGAAAGAUGCCAAGGAGAGAUCCACGUCCAUGAGGAAGCUUAUAAUCGCAGUGAUCCUUUGCAUCAUAUUCAUGACGGUGGAAGUGGUCGGGGGCAUCAAAGCAAACAGUCUUGCCAUCUUAACUGAUGCGGCGCACCUUCUUUCUGAUGUGGCAGCAUUUGCCAUAUCGUUAUUCUCUCUCUGGGCUGCUGGAUGGGAAGCAACACCGCAGCAGUCAUAUGGGUUCUUCCGGAUUGAGAUUCUUGGUGCCUUGGUCUCCAUUCAGCUCAUAUGGCUACUUGCUGGCAUACUGGUAUAUGAGGCUAUUGUAAGGCUCAUUAACGAGAGUGGCGAUGUGCAGGGCUCCCUCAUGUUUGCUGUGUCGGCGUUUGGACUGUUUGUCAACAUUAUAAUGGCUGUAUUGCUAGGCCAUGACCACGGGCACGGCCAUGGACACAGCCAUGGACAUCCACAUGACCAUGGUCAUGGUGAUUCAGACGAUGGCCAUUCUCACCAUGAAGAACCAGAACAGGGCCAUGUUCAUCAUCAUGAGCAUAGCCAUGGAAGUUCUAUUACUGUCACAACACAUCACCACCACCACUCAGGCACUGGACAACACCAUGACGCUGAGGAGCCACUGAUCAAGCACGAGGCCGACUGUGAGGGCACCCAAUCUGCUGCUAAGAAGCCUCGACGCAAUAUAAACGUACACAGCGCUUACCUUCAUGUGCUUGGGGACUCCAUCCAGAGCAUCGGGGUGAUGAUCGGCGGGGCUAUCAUCUGGUACAAGCCCGAGUGGAAAAUCAUCGAUCUGAUCUGCACCCUCAUCUUCUCGGUGGUCGUGCUGUUCACCACGAUCAGGAUGCUGCGCAACAUCCUCGAGGUCCUGAUGGAAAGCACGCCCCGUGAGAUCGACGCCACCAGGCUGGAGAGGGGGCUCUGCGAGAUGGAAGGCGUGGUUGCCGUCCACGAGCUGCAUAUCUGGGCCAUCACAGUGGGGAAGGUGCUACUGGCUUGCCAUGUGACGGUCGCCAGGGAAGCCGACGCAGACGAGAUCCUUGACAAGGUGAUUGGGUACAUCAAGACGGAGUACAACAUCAGCCAUGUGACCAUUCAGGUCGAGCGUGAAUAGAGGGGGAGCUGUCUUUUGGGCUGUCAGGGCAUAAAUGGCGUCACGCCUUCACUGGUUAUCUUACUCUGUCGGUUAAAACUUUUUUUUGGCACCUGGGAAGGCAUCAGGCAGCCAUCGGAGUCUUGAUGUGCUUGCAAGUUCAUCUGUGGUUCAAGCUUUGAUGGUCAGUAGUGUUAUCUGUUACUACUAGUCUAUUAGGCGGGGGUAGGCGUCAACCAGUGUGUACGGGUUUGAUUUUCGGUCAUGCUGUUAACAGCAUUGCGGUUCGUCGAACUGGAUAUGUAGUUUAGUACGCUGUGUCAUCACCUCUUGUGUAAGGGAACGCUUCUUUUCUGUGGUAUGGAAGAUGUGAACUUCGUGAUUGGCCUGUUA